AUGGGCAAGUCAGCUUCCAAACAGUUUAACAACGAGGUCCUGCGGGCCCACAACGAGUACCGGCAGCGGCAUGGCGUCCCCCCGCUGAAGCUGUGCAAGAAGCUCAACCGGGAGGCGCAGCAGUACUCGGAGGCGCUGGCCAGCACCCGGAUCCUCAAGCACAGCCCCGAGUCCAGCCGCGGCCAGUGCGGGGAGAACCUGGCCUGGGCGUCCUACGAUCAGCCAGGACAGGAGGUGGCGGACAGGUGGUACGAUGAGAUCAAGAACUACAACUUCCAGCAGCCGGGCUUCACCUCCGGGACCGGGCACUUCACGGCCAUGAUAUGGAAGAACACAAAGAAGAUGGGCGUGGGAAAGGCCUCUGCCAGUGACGGGUCCUCCUUCGUGGUUGCUCGAUACUUCCCGGCGGGGAACGUCGUCAACCAGGGCUUCUUUGAGGAAAACGUCCUGCCUCCCAAGAAGUAA